AUGGGCGUCAACACGCCGGUCAGCUCCCCCGCCAGAUUCCAAGUCCAGCUCGAGCCUGUCUGGCAUGCGGCAGCGCAGUCCGGCCGACCGCUCGUCCGCUCCAAGUACACGUCCAUUCGGCAGGCUCUCGCCACCAUUGUCAAAGAGGAAGGCAUCCAGGGACUAUGGCGAGGUACUGUCCCGGGCCAGCUCCUGUCUGUCCCAUACACCGCUGCCCAGUUCUUCACGGUCCAGCAGAGCAGGCAGCUGGCAAAGCGAUGGGGGGUGGACACACACCCCGCCGCUUCGUUCCUGACGGGCGCCCUGUCGGGGGCUGCUGGCACGGUCGCCAGCUACCCCUUUGACCUGCUGCGGACGACCCUGGCAGCCCAGGGGGUGCCCAGGGUGUACAACAGCAUGGCCGAUGCUGCCAAGGGCAUCGUCGCCAACAAUGGCCCGGCGGGACUGUAUCGGGGCAUGGGCAUCACCAUCUUGGAGAUCAUCCCCUACGCAGCUCUCCAAUUUGGGCUAUACGACUACUUCAACAAGUGCUGGGAGGCACAUCGGGCCCGCUACCCUUCCCUGCCCGGAUCCAAGGAUGUGCAGCACCUCGUGUGCGGCCUGGCGUCGGGCUUGCUGGCCAAGCUGGCCACCCAUCCGCUGGAUGUGGCGAAGAAAAGGGUGCAGGUCGCAGGACUGGCGCGCAGCACUGCCUAUGGUGAGCGCGUGGCCCUGGUCGCGACCCGCUCCCUGCGAGGCUGUCUGGCUGACAUCUACCGGCGAGAGGGCUUUGCGGGCCUGUACAAGGGCGUGGCGCCCUCCGUGCUCAAGGCGGGGCCCUCGGCGGCGAUCACGUUUGCGGCGUACGAGCUCUUCCUGCGCUGGCUCAGCGUCGCGCAGGAGGCCAGGAGGUCCGAGGCAGCGUCGGGGGAGUGA